AGGGCAGCCAGAGCCGAACCUCCGCAGCCACAGCCAACUUUGACCGCGCCUCCGAGGCUGCUGUCUCCCGCACCAUGUCCGCGGCCGCCUACAUGGACUUUGUGGCUGCCCAGUGUCUGGUUUCCAUUUCGAACCGCGCUGCGGUGUCGGAGCAUGGGGGCGCUCCAGAAACCGAGCGGCUGCGACUACCUGAGCGCGAGGUGACCAAGGAACACGGUGACCCGGGGGACACCUGGAAGGAUUACUGCACGCUGGUCACCAUUGCCAAGAGCUUGUUGGAUCUGAACAAGUACCGACCCAUCCAGACCCCAUCGGUGUGCAGCGACAGUCUGGAGAGUCCUGAUGAGGAUAUGGGAUCCGACAGCGACGUGACCACCGAAUCUGGGUCGAGUCCUUCCCACAGCCCGGAGGAGAGACAGGAUCCUGGCAGCGCGCCCAGCCCGCUCUCCCUCCUCCACCCUGGAGUGGCUGCGAAAGGGAAACACGCCUCCGAAAAGAGGCACAAGUGCCCCUACAGUGGCUGUGGGAAAGUCUAUGGAAAAUCCUCCCAUCUCAAAGCCCAUUACAGAGUGCAUACAGGUGAGCGUCCCUUUCCCUGCACGUGGCCAGACUGCCUUAAAAAGUUCUCCCGCUCAGACGAGCUGACCCGCCACUACCGGACCCACACUGGGGAAAAGCAGUUCCGCUGUCCACUGUGUGAGAAGCGCUUCAUGAGGAGUGACCAUCUCACAAAGCACGCCCGGCGUCACACUGAGUUCCACCCCAGCAUGAUCAAGCGAUCGAAAAAGGCGCUGGCCAACCCCUUGUGAGGUGCUACCCACGGCAGCCAGGGAGGGAUGGACCCCAGAGGACAAGACAACUCCCAGGACACAGACGGACACAUGGAAACCAAGCCCCAGAAGAGGCUUGCUGACAGCAGGAGGUCACUGCUCUUUGGUCAAUAUUCUGAUUUUUUCUCUCCCUAUAUUGUUUUUUAAAAGCACAUGGUAGCCUCAGAUCAAAGUGAACACUUGUCCCCUUGCAGAGACAACUCGGGGAACCGUCUCUGACUGCUGGAGGGAGGCAUAUGCUUUUGUUUUUUUUUCUCCUUUAGGUUUUUUUUUUGGGGGGGGGGGGGGGGGGGGCAAGGCCAAGACUGGGGUAGAAUUUUAAAGAUUCACACUGGUGUACAUAUGUCUGACUGGGUGAGUUGACCUGUGGCACUACACAGCGAUUCUCUGGGCCCUUGAUGCUUGCUGUCUCUCCGAAUUGUUUUCUUACCUUUUAAUGUAAUGACAAGUGUGCUUCAGUUUGUUUAGCAAAACCACUCUCUUGAAUCACGUUAACUUUUGAGAUUAAAAAAGAAACUCCAUAGCACAGCUGUCUUUAUGCAAGCAAGAACACAUCUACUCCAGCAUGAUCCACCAUCUAAAGACUCGAAAACAAAAAAGUUCCUUAUAGUCAAUGGGUAAGCAAAGUCCGAAUUUAAUAAAACCAACCUUGGGCAGGUCGCACCAAGUACGGAACUUUUCA